CAAAUUCUACUCCAUAGAGGAGCUGCUUCAAAGUUCCAGUUCCCCCCAACAGUAUUCAGAUUCCAUUGGAAGCUAAAAAUUGCUAGGGUCAUUGGUACUAUAUACAACUAACUGGAUUUCAAACUUGGGAACCUUUUCAGUGUUUAGAGCAAAAUGAAAAAUGCUUUCUGAAAGCAGUUCAUUUUUGAAGGGUAUGAUGCUCGGAAGCAUUUUCUGUGCCUUGAUCACUAUGCUAGGCCACAUUAGGAUUGGUCAUGGAAAUAGGAUGCACCACCAUGAGCAUCAUCACCUACAAGCUCCUAACAAAGAAGAUAUCUUGAAAAUUUCAGAGGAUGAACGCAUGGAGCUCAGUAAGAGCUUUCGAGUGUACUGUAUCAUCCUUGUAAAACCCAAAGAUGUGAGUCUUUGGGCUGCAGUGAAAGACACAUGGACCAAACACUGUGACAAAGCAGAGUUCUUCAGUUCUGAAAAUGUUAAAGUGUUUGAAUCAAUCAAUAUGGAAACAGAUGACAUAUGGAUAAUGAUGAGAAAAGCUUACAAAUAUGCUUUUGAUAAAUAUAGAGACCAAUACAACUGGUUCUUCCUUGCACGCCCCACUACGUUUGCUAUUAUUGAAAACUUGAAGUAUUUUUUAUUAAAAAAGGAUCCAUCACAGCCUUUCUAUCUAGGUCACACUAUAAAAUCUGGAGACCUUGAAUAUGUGAGUAUGGAAGGAGGAAUUGUCUUAAGUAUAGAAUCCAUGAAAAGACUUAAUAGCCUUCUCAGUAUCCCUGAGAAGUGUCCUGAACAGGGAGGGAUGAUUUGGAAGAUAUCUGAAGAUAAGCAGCUAGCAGUCUGCCUGAAAUAUGCUGGAGUAUUUGCGGAAAAUGCGGAAGAUUCUGAAGGAAAAGAUGUUUUUAAUACCAAAUCUGUUGGACUUUUUAUUAAAGAGGCAAUGACUAAUCAACCACAGCAGGUAGUAGAAGGAUGUUGUUCAGAUAUGGCUGUUACUUUUAAUGGGCUGACACCUAAUCAGAUGCAUGUGAUGAUGUAUGGAGUAUACCGUCUUAGGGCAUUUGGACAUAUUUUCAAUGAUGCAUUGGUUUUCUUACCUCCAAAUGGUUCUGACAAUGACUGAGAAUUGGAAUGAGAGCAUAUGUACACUAUAUAGGACAUGCGUUGUCAUCUGUUGUAACACCUCCAUAUCCAACACAGUGGUAUAUUUUUUUUCCCUUUUAAUUUUUAUUUUAAUUUGGUUAUUCUGGUAUAAUUACACAUAAAAAUUUAGUAGUACAUUUUAAAUGGGGGUGGUAUUUUUUUCUUUAAAAAUAGAAAUGUGUUGGAAAGAAACGUUUUAAGAAUAGUAAUUUUGCAAGUAAAGGGCAUAGUAGUAAAUACUAUAUGUGAUAAAUUCUAAAUUAUGAACAUUAAAAAUACAGUGUGGCACAUAAAUUUGCUGAUUGGUUAAAAAAUUUUAAUGUUUUUCUAGCUUUUUAAGAUAUGCAAGUGCAUCUCGAGUUGUGAAUUUGGAAUUAAAGUAAAACUUUAGCUGUUAUUUCUUUAAUGUUGAUUCAUGUUCUAAGUCUCCCCAAGUGCCAAUAGAUCUGUCUUAAAAUAUACAACCAGGCAACUAAGGAAA